AUGACCGGAAGCAAUACCAAGUCAGCCCGUACCCGCGCAAAAAUACUUGACGCAGCGGCACUCACUUUUCGCCUUCGGGGCUACGCUGCUACGACGUUAAAGGACAUUGCCGAAGCAGCGGAUAUGCAAACAGGAAGCUUGUAUUAUCAUUUUGAAUCCAAAGCAAAACUCAUGGAAGAAGUGCUGGAUAAGGGUAUUCGCGAAGUCCACGCUGGCGUGCUUAAAAGUCAAAAGGAACUUGCGGCAGAUGUAUCCGCCGAACAGAGAAUCCUGAGUGCUGUGCAUGCACAUCUGAUUCUGCUGUUGAAGAAUGGCGACUACACCUCGACCAACAUUCGUAAUUUUGGUCAAGUGCCGGACGAAGUACAUCAGCACCACAUCAAACUACGCAAAGCCUAUGCUGAUCUAUGGCGGAAAAUUCUGCGCCAGGCGCAACAAGAAGGCGCACUGGCCGCAGACAUUGAUCUCGCCCUGUUACGAAUGUUGCUCAUGGGCGCUUUAAACUGGUCGGUCGAGUGGUACCAACCCGACAAAACGUCUAUCGAGGCCAUCGCGCAACAAGUCUGCCGCAUGCUCUUUCACGGUAUCGGAGACUGGAGCGUGCAAAGAUGGCAAAUCGGUCACGUUAGCAUCACGCGGGUUGUAGACGUCAUGCAGAAUAUCGACCUGGCAUUUCUCAUACCCGAAGCGACGCCUGAAAAUCUGGCACCCUUCGCCAGCUGGCUCAAGCCACAUUUUCUCAAUUCCGAUACAACAGUGCCAUUGAGCAUUCACACUUUCGUAAUCCAGUCUGACGAUACCACCAUCGUCGUAGACACCUGCAUCGGCAACGAUAAACCACGGGCCAUGCCUGACUGGAAUCAGAGACAAAGCAGCUUUUUAUCGGACCUGACCACAGUCGGAGCCGCACGCGAAGCAGUCGACGUCGUCCUCUGCACUCACCUGCACGUCGAUCAUGUCGGCUGGAACACCAUGCUGGUUGAGGGAGCCUGGGUACCCACAUUUCCUAAUGCAAAAUAUCUGAUCGGACGCGAGGAGUGGCAUUUCUGGGAGCACGAGGAAGACCCGUUCGGUGCCGAAGCAAAAAGCGACUCCAUUGUCCCCAUCAUCGAAUCAGACCUGGUUGAAUUAAUCGAAACCGACCACAUGAUUACUGAACAAGUCAGGGUUGUGCCUACCCCGGGACACACGCCCGGUCAUAUCAGCGUCUUGAUCGAAUCCAACGGCGAGCGCGCCAUUAUCACCGGGGAUCUGUUUCACCACCCGGUGCAGUUCGCCAAGCCCGGCUGGCAGGACAUCGCAGAUGUGCAGUCAGAUGUCGCGGAAAGAACCCGCCGCGACUUCAUACAGGCCUACGGCGACGAAACGCUCAUCCUGGGUACACAUUUUGCUCCGCCUACGGCGGGCAAGAUCGUUGCAACGGGCGGUGAGUACUGGUUCAAAGCGCAGGACUCUGAUCCCUGA